AUGGAAGCCUUGUUACUAAGAAAAAAGAGAAGUCACAACAAUGUAUCCGUUUGUAAAUCUGUGGAAAGAUUAUCGGCAGCCACAUGUUUGUUCCGCUUGAAGUACUGCUGCGAGGGACUCUUCACCACGUGCACCAGUGGCAACACCAAAAACACGACAUUCUUUGAUUGGCGCGGUAUGCCUGGUCAGCUUGAAAGAUUGGUCGACAAAAGGGCAUGGCGCUGGGAUUUCUUCAUGAAAGCGGCUCAAUUCAAAGGACUUCCCCUCCUGCUUACAGAAAACCUUCCUUCCAGAGUCAACAACAGCAGCUUGUAA